AUGAGAGUUUAUAAUAUAGAUAAUACUAUUGUUCCUGGUAUUGGUAUAAAUAAACGACUAAACAGUUUUUUUGUUAACAUUCUUAAAAAAAUAAUAAGGAAAGAUUGCACAUUCGGUUCAAUAUGUGGUAGAACGUUAUGCGUACACUAUGGAGAAACAGAGUAUUUUUUAAGACCAACUGAAGAAUUAAAAAGAUUAAGGGAAAAUUUUACAUCUAACUACAACACAAAAAAGUUAGAAUUAAAGGACUCACAUAAUAUUCUCUAUCGUAAUAAUUUGAAAAAUCAUAGUAUGCUAAAAAAAAGAAAAAAUAUGUUACAUAGACCAAACAUAACAGAUAUAAACCUAGAAAAAUAUCAUAAUUUCAUAUCAGUUGAUAAACCCUUUAUAGAUUCUAAAUUGAAAGGUAAUAAAAAAGUUAUAGUGGACAAUAAACCACUGAAAACAGAGAGUACAUUAAGAAAAUUAAGAGAAAAUUUGUUAAAUAACCCAUUUAUAAGAGAUUUAAUGUUAAAAGAAUUAGAUAACAUUUUAUUAGGAAAUGAAUUUAAUACUGAAAAUGUAUUAAAGGAAUUAAACAAUAAUAUUUUAUCUAAUACAAAGGUAGGGCUAUCAGAACUAAAUAUGCUAGAAAAAAUUGUAUUAAAUAAUAAACUACUUAAGGAAUCAAAAAUAAAAGAGUUAAAAUCAAUUCUGUUAAAUAAUAAGGCAUUAACUGAAUCUCAACUACUUGAAUUAAAAUUACUGGUAAGUGAUAUAAUAAGUGACAAUUCUAAUUUAAAAGUUAACACUCAAUCACGAUAUAUAGAUAUUUUAAAUAAAAGUUUCAUAAAUAGACAUUAUAGACUACCAAAAAUAAGAGAUACUUUAAUGAGUAGAGAUUUAAACAAAAAAAAUAUCUUGUUACAUGAAGACGAUUCUUUAAAAAAGAUCGAUAUAACAAAAGAUUACUUAUCACCUAAGGAUACUCCUACAGAGUCAAUUCCUGUAACUAAUAAUAAGGAGUUGUUACAAAAAAAGAAUUCUAUUAGUGAAAUUGACAUUAUCAAUGAAUGUUUAUCAGAUAAGGAUGUCUCUACAGAGGAAACCGACGUAACCGAUAAAAAGGAGCUAUUACAAAAAGAUAAUGCCAUCAGUGAAAUUAAUAAUACUAAGGAAAAUUUAUCACAAAGAGAAAUACCUCCAAAGAAUAUUUCUGUAGCUAAUAAAAAGGAGUUGUUACAAAAAAAGUUUUCCCUUAGUGAAAUCGAUACUAUUGAGGAAUGUUUAUCAUAUAAGGAUAUUUCUAUAGAGGAAACUGAUGUAACGAAUAAAAAGGAGUUAUUGCUAAAAAAAGAUUCCAUAAGAGAAAUUGAUAAUACAAAGGAAAAUGUAUUUCCAAAAGAAAAAAAAUAUACUAUAGAUAUACACAUGAAUGAUGGAAAAAAGGAAUAUGCUUUACAGAAAGAAAAAAAUUAUAUUAUAAAUAUACAUAUGAGCAAAGGGAAAAAGGAAAAUAUAUUACCAAAAGGAAAAAAAUAUAUUAUGGAUAUAACUAUGAUUGAUAAAGAAAAGGAAAAAGAAUUACCCGAAGAGAAAAAAUAUAUUAUAGAUUUACAUAUGAGUGAUGGCAUAAAGAAAGAUGAAUUAUCACAAAAAAAUUAUACUUCAUGUAAAAAUAAAAAAAAGAAAGAAAAACAUGUACCAAAAAAAAAGGCAUGGAAUAUUGAUUUGUUCAUGAGUAAAAAAUGGAAAAAAAAAAAGUUAUUUAAAGAAAAAAAAUGGCAUAUAAAUAUAUUUAUGAAUGAUAGGUCUAGGAAUAUUGAAUUAAUACGAGAUAUAAAUCCUUUAAAUAUAAUUGAUGUAACAGUCAAGGAUCCUUUGUAUGAAGUAAUGGAGGAUUACCUUUUUGAAAGCGUCCUAGAAGCCAAUGUUAAAAAAGAGCCUAAUAAAAUAAAAUCUUUUUUAAAAAAAACAGCCAUUUAUUGUGCUCCUGUGAUAGCAGCAUGCAUUGCGCUACCACUUCUUACAGUAUAUUAUAUUAAUGCAGCUGCUACAGACAUAAUUACUGAAGCUGUAAGUGCAGGUAUAUCAGAAGGGUUAUCUGAAUUGUCGUCUUGUACAUUUUCUGCUAUAACUGGAUCUAUUAUACCUGCGUUAGGUCAUCUCCCAAGUUUAACAGUUCCUGCAUUUAAGGCAAUUUCAAAUACUAUAAGUUCUCCCGUAGAAAGUUUAUGGGGAGGUUUAUUUUCAUUUGCAAGUAAUGUUAUGGAUGCCUUUUCUGAAGCUGCAAAACAAUCUGAUGGAGGUGUUUCCACAUUUUUAAAUGGUUUUCGAACUGGUGCUAGAAAUGUUGCAAAUUGUGCAUUUACUACAGUCCCAAAUAAAGCUUAUUCUGCAGGUGUUUCAGCUGGUGUAAAAAAUGCUAUUAUGCGGACUGUAUUUCCAUCAUUAAUUGCUAUUUCUGUUCUAAUUAUAUUUUUAGGUAUUUAUAAACUACUAUUAUACCUAGGAAAAAAGGGAAAGUUAAAUUUUCUCAAUAAUUAUAAAAAAAAAGUGUUAAGUUCCUUAGAGAAAAUUAAAUUUCAUAAUAGAAUAAAUAUAUGGAAAAAGAGUCGACAUAAAAAUUUUUUACAUUUAUAUGAUGAGUAA